UGCACAUUCGUGACUGACCUUGAGCGACUUUUGCUUCUUCACUGGGACCCUUCUGUUGUCCGAAUCCGACAAACUGCACAGAAGAUAUGAAUUUCUUUGUGUUCAUUGCCCUAUUCGGAACUUUAGCCCAAGCAUGGCGGUGGCCCUGGCAGAGAGCAAACACACCGGAGUGGGACCAGCUCUCAGUGACAUGGGGCCCACUGCCGUGGAAAUAUUUCAACAAACUUCCAAUGGAUGUGAACAAGGCCAGGGCUGAUGGCUGGACGCUGACAAGGUCAUGUGGCGCUUCUAAUUAUUUUGCGGGGAAUCGGUACGUGUUGAAUGGAGACACUGCUGUCAUGCUUCUGUUUGACUCCAGUGGCAAAAUAGCUGGAAUUCAAAAUGGGCUCCCAAAAUCAGCGCCCGGGGUACUGGCUUUGAAGUCACCGUGGAUCUCAGAAGGGAACAUGUACGUUAUCACCGCAUACUUCACCGAUCCUAAAAACAUCUGCGGUGGAUCCAGACCCUCGUCAGAAUACAUUGGCGACAAACUGUUACUGCAGACUGGAAACCAGUAUUCUCAGACAAUGUCCAUUCCUUUCAAGCAAGAAGACUUGGCGGGAACCAAAUGGGUUCGCGGAGGCUGCUUUCCUUCCAUGGGGCGUCAUUACUGGUACGACAUCUCAGCGGAUAUGAACUGUGACGACUUUUAUCCGAUGUUUCUUCUGUACAACAGUGACCGUUUGACAGGUUUUGGAUGGGUUGCCCAGGGUAAUGCUGCCAGCUCAAGAUACGAACACCCUCCCCCUAAGAAACUGGGGCUUGGCUUCUUCCUGUCAGAUACUAAGCCCAAAUGCAUCGCAAACAUACCAUCGUUGACCACUCAACACGUGUACCUGGAAAAGCGCCCAUAUUUGAGUUUCUGCUGAACCUGUACGCUCUCUGGGCAAUUAACUGUAGAAUAAGGGAAUAUCUAAGGGGCAUGUAUAUCAUUGCAUUAAAAAUCAGAAGGCAAACAAAAAAAUGCUGAAUAUAGACUUUCAUCUUUUCUGCCAUUUAUUACUGCUAAAAACUAACCUGAAUACGUCUUAAAAUGAAAGGAAUCUUGAUUGACUAAUGUAUAACAUUGUGGUAUUAAUCUCCGAAAUUAAAACAGGUUCUUUUCA